AUGUCACGGGGCGCCGUACAUUCAGUGGUUGAUGCAACUGUUGGCGCACGGCUGUAUUCUGCAACAGACGUUCUACAGGCCCUGGAGGAGGGGAAUACUGUAGGUUGCAGUGAUGAAUUGGUGGAAAGGCUGAAUUGCAGUAUGCGAAAUGUUGCGGAAGCAAUCUUGAAGACCUUCCGCGACUCGGCUUGUAUCAACCAAAACUCGAACCUGAACAACGCGAAUAUGACUGUGAGGGAUGUUAUGAGGCUACAUCUUACUUGCCACUCACCCCAUGCUCAGGCUGCUCAGAUCUACUCAGUGAGCAAGGGGCGAACACCAAAAAUGGAAAAGGGAAAGGCAUAA